AAUCCAAAUUGCGACACACCCCUCCAACUACCUUAACCAACCCCCCCAAAAUUCUCUUCGAAUUCCCAAAUUUCCCUUCACGAAUUAAAACCCCUCUAGAAAUUGUGAAGAAAUCGCCAAGAAAAAUAAAAAUAAAAAAAUACUCUGCAAAACCACCCGCCAAACCUAAACCCCCAUUUUCUCACUCCCACAAAUCUCGAUUGCCGAGAAAUCUGCAUUGCAUUCAUACGAUUAAACAAUCAAUUUCUGGUCUCAGCAGCAAUCGAGUUGUCGCGGCGAUUGAUUGAAUUGGAAGUAAACCCAUGUGGCUUGGACGAACCAAAUCAAGGGUUCGGUUCCACGACGCACCGCCGCCGCCGCCCAAAUUCGCCUGCUCCUCCUUCAAAGACAUCCACAUUCUCCUCUCCGACGACGACGGCGGCGGCGGCGGUGAUACUCUUGGUUCCCCUAGAAGGCUCUCCAUUUGCCACCGCACGCGCAGCAGUGUCAAGUCCCUCAUCCGCAGCCUCUCUCACCUCCCGUUCCUCGAAGACGCCGCCGCGGCCGCGGUUGCGGCGGAGGAGAAGAAGGAGGAGGAGCUCCGCCCGGAAAUCCGCAUUCCCGGAGCGGAGGCAACUAUAGUGGUUUACUUCACGAGUUUGCGGGUAGUUCGGUCCACAUUCGAGGACUGCAAGGCCGUCCGAUCGAUCCUGCGUGCGUUCCGCGUUCCGAUCGACGAGCGCGAUCUGUCGAUGGACGGGCGCUUCACGGAGGAGCUGCAGGGGAUCUUAGGCCUGACGGAGAAGUCGAAGCUGAUGCUGCCGAGGGUCUUCAUCGGCGGCAGAUACAUCGGCGGGGCUGAGGAGGUCCGCUGCCUCCACGAGACCGGCGAGCUGAAGAAGUACGUGGAGAGGCUGCCGCGCGCCGAGCUCGGCACGUGCGACACAUGCGGUGGAUACGGAUUCAUCCUCUGCAUAGAAUGCGACGGCAGCCGGAAGUGCUACAGCGAGAAAGCCGGCUUCAGAAGUUGUACGUUGUGCAAUGAGAAUGGCCUCAUUAGAUGUACUGCAGAGCAUGAGGAAAGAUGAGGUGAUCUGCAGAGUUAGAGAGUAUAGGAAGGAUAAUUAUCAGUUUGCAAUGAGGCAACGAAGCAGCUAUCUCUCGCAAAUGGAGUGAGUGAAACCAUAAUUUGCAUUGCUCAAUAGGCAGUUGCUUGUAUGCAAUAAGGGCUUCUGGACAAUAUGAUUCAUGUGAUGAUUUCAAUCCAUCAUUUUCCCAGAAAUAUGUGCUUAGAUAUAUUGUAAUUCUGAGAUGAAUAGUGUAGUGGGUGAAAUUAAGUUUGGAAAACAGGAAAUAUUCUUCAUCCCCACAGAAAGUGUAGUCGUAGAGAAGGAAUGAUGCCCAGGCCAUUAUUGAUGUUUCCACUUUGCAGAAUUUGGAGGAAAAGUCGAGAGUGAGCAUGUUUUACACUUGCUUCUGACAAUAUGUUAUCUUGUUUGGGAAUAUUAGAUCUGUCAAGUAGGGCUCAGUCAUAAUUCAUAUAAACAAACUAGGCCCAUUUAUGAAAUGGGCUAGUUAGAUGUGGGUGGGGUGGCUUUGUAUGCAAUGCAACAUUGAUAUUAGAUGACAACAUGUGAGCCCAUAUUAUUGGUCCUUGGUGAAGGGGGAGUUUCACUCUAUUUCGAUGUAAAUACCUUUAGGAUGUGUAAUCUUUGAUUGAUAGUAAAUGUCUCAUCUGUUUUCGCUCAU